AUGGCUGUCACAAAUAUCAGAUCCGUUAGCCAAAAAGAAAAAAAAAAGUGGGGAAGGGGACGUGGGUUUUGGGAUAAGGGUGCGACACACGAGAAGACCGUGUCAGGUGACCCAGUGUUUGUGAAGUGUAGAGACAGAGGCAGGGGCCGGAAGCGGGAGGCGGCGUCGGCGUCGGCGUCGGCCCGUGGAGCACCGCUCGAGGGCGCCAGCGGCGUCAAUCAAUGCGCGCCACACCGCUGGCGCCACGGAGCUGGCGCCACCGACAGCGCCCCACCGGGCUCGACGCUCGGGGCGCGGGCGUGCUUUCCAGCCCAAAGCGGCAAACGUUCAGCAAGUCACAGCCGUCGAUCGACUUCCUCUGGCGCUGUGGCCACUGCCGCAGGGUCGGAGCCGGAAACUGGACAGUGGCCAGUGGAUAAGGAGGGCAUGAGGGCCACUGGUUGCACAGUAGACGCCUCCCUCUGGAAUGUAUCGCCGGCAGCGGCGCGGCGGCUGCUGCUCGCUUGCCGCAGCGCGGAAGCCCCCGUGUGGCGCCAGCAGCGGCCGCUGCCGCCCCCGGCAAGAUGGCCGACGGCGGCGAAGCUAGGCGCGGCGCGGCGCUGGAGGUGCUUGUCGGCUGUGGUAGCAGACAGCUCGGCGCUACUCGCGGCCGCGGCGACCGACCGCCGUCCUCCGGCCCCGCGCCAGUCAGCUGCUGCCGGCUCCAGCUUCUCGCCGCCAGUGCCUGACUCUUCCGGAAUAAACGCCGAGCAGCCACGCCCCGCGGCGCGCCAUUGUCCGCACAAGUCCCGUCCCUCUUCACGGCGGAUGCUCGGCGCAGCUUCUCAAAAUCCGCUGCUUAAGAGCGGCCACAAACCGCAAAAAACGCCGCCCGCCGAACUCGCUUACCGCAUGGAAGAGUGA